UGGUACGUAUGUAAUCUUCCAAGUUGAGCCAGUCUAUUUUGGGUCUCUUACGAUGGCCUCAAGUGGAAAGAUUCUCUGAGAUAUGAUGAUAUAGUAGACACUUGCAAUUAAAUAUAAAUAAAUGAAUCUAUUCACAGAUUUCUAGCUACUGAUGCAGUUGCUAGAGAGCAUUUCUCAUCAACAAUAAGACCAAAAGGAUCACCUCCGUUUGUAACCUCAAUUCCGUUUGUCGUCGUUCCAUCAGGCACAUAUUCGACGACCAGAAAAUCACAGUGCAUGAGAAAUAUGAGAAUUACCAGUUAGCCUCCUGUCUGUAGCUGUUCGCACGAUUUAUUCUCUAUCACCCAGGUGGUCGUUGCAGAGCGAACUGGUUGCCUAGGUAGCUUACCUACGCGAGUGUCAAUUGAUAUUUUGAUGUGGUGGCUGAAAUGUUUUUUUCCUGAAUAAAAAAUCUUCUCUCCCGCAAAACAGAACCGCCCAUUCAACCAAGCAACUAACUCAAAUAAGAGCUCGCAAACAUUCAAUACACACGGGAGCAAUCCAGCAUUCAGACUUCACAAUGCCACCAAACAACAUCAUCAAACAGCUUCCUCCUCACCUAUCGUUCACCACUCAUCACAUACUGAGAAUACACACUCUACUACACACCAAGCACACCAAACACCUAAAACACGCAACAUACCAAAUACACAAAACCUUCCACACACACCUUUCCAAGAACAGCAAACCCAGAAUGUUCUUCAAAGCAGGCCGAGCCAUCCUCCGAUGGUGGCACGGCGUUCUGAACCUCGAACGGCACUCUCCCCCUUCCUGGUACCGCGACCGUUUUCGCGAGGAGCUCCAAGAGUGCCGCGAGGCAAAAACGCCACUCGAGAAGCUCAGCGAGACAUCUGAUGUCUUCUUCGCCAUAAGCCGGGCCAAGCACGACGGCUUCCCAGUGGGCGUCCUGCCGCCGUUCCGCCUGGCCCACUGCCCCGUGUACGCCUACAUGUUCGCGAAGUACACCUCGCGGUGGGCGUUUUACCGUGCCGUAGCCAUGCUAUGCGGCGCGCCCCGGAGCCACAACAUCCGGGAGGUCGUGAACCCUACCAAGGACAGGAAGCUGGACGAGGUCGCCCGGCGCCACCAGAUCGACCCUGAGAGGUUCGUUCGCGUGGCCGGCCGGGUCCGCCGAGUCUGGCCUCUGUUCCCGUGAUCGAAGAAGAUGUUACAAUCAACGGGUUUUGGUUGGCUUGGGCUGGCACGGGGACUGCAUGGAAGUCAGGGACAGGCGGAAGGAGUUCGGGUUGCAUAGAUACCUAGAUACCCUCUUGAUGGAAUUACUUCAAU